AUGGGGGUCCUGGAGGCGCUCGGUCUGGCGAAGAAGCCGGACCCGAAGGAGCUCGUCCGGGAGUGGCAGCGCGUGCUGCGGCGGGAGCAGAUGAAGGCGGAUCGAGAGAUCCGAGACAUCGAGCGAGAGAAGAAGAAGACGGAGCUGCUGAUCAAGCAGGCGGCGAAGCGGAAGGACAUCGUGAGCUGCAAGAUUCUCGCCAAGGAGGUCGCGCAGGCGAAACGGGCGGUGACGCGGCUGUACACGAACAAGGCGCACAUGAUGGGCGUCGCCGGGCAGCUCACGGAGCAGCUCUCGCUCCUGCGCGUCACGGGCCAGCUCGAGAAGUCCACCGAGGUCCUCCAGGGCGUCACGUCCCUCAUCCGCAUCCCGCAGCUCCACGACACCAUGCGCAACAUGUCGAAGGAGAUGUGCAAGGCGGGUCUGAUCGAGGAGAUGGUCGGGGGUACGAUGGAGGACGUGUUCGAGGACGACGGGAUCGAGGAGGAGGCCGAGGAGGAGGUCAACAAGGUGCUGGAAGAGCUCGCGGUCGACAUGGCCAUGCCAAACGCGCCCAAGGCGGCCGCGCAGGCGCAGGCGGUGCAGGCCACGGCGCAGCGCCGCGAGGGCGUGAAGCUGUGA